AUAGCCUUUCCCUGAGGCCGCGGGACCGGCAGCGAGAGCCACGCGUCCUGUGGGCUGGGUGUCCGCGGCGGCCAUGAGGCGGAGAGGCCCGGAGGAGGAGGAGGCCUGCGGCGUGUGGCUGGACGCGGCAGCGCUGAAGAGGCGGAAAGUGCAGACACAUGUAAUGAAGCCAAACACCAAAAUGCUAACACUUUUUCCUGGAGGAAAAAAGGCUAAGAUUUCCUUUACUCAAAGAAUUGCACCUGCAGGCAUUCGGCAGACCAGCAUCGCUUCCUUCUUCACCUUGCAGCCAGGAAGGACAAUUGGUGGUGACCAGAGGAAUGUUUCAUCUCCUAUAGAAAGUCAGACCAACAAAGAGUCUAAGAAUGAUGUAACCCAGCUAGACCAUUUGAUCCAGGGCUUAGGGGAUGAUUGCAUGGCACCCCCAUUAGCCACUUCAACUCCUGCAGACACCCAGGAAGCCGGACUUUCUCCACAGCCCCUCCAGGAUUCUGGCCACCACAGAAUGGGAACACCAUUUUUGACUGUGCUGUCUUUGCUCCAGCCUGACACCUUAGUCUGUGCUGGAAAGAGUAAAGCCUCUCCAUCUUGUUCCUUCACCAAGAACUUGGAAGGUUCUCGCUCACUGGACCAAAAGGAGGAAGAGAAAGACUCUUCCUGGAAAAGGGAAUGGCUUCAUGGAUCUAAGAAAAAGAACUAUCAGGGUGUGGAGAGACCCAUUAAACCACCUUGGGGCAAGGGCCAUGAGCCCUUGGACAAGACGCCAUUAGAAAAGGUGUCUGCAAAAGAAACCAGACAGACCCCGAUCCUCCUUCAAACAUACAGGGAUUCCUGGAAUGGGGAAAACACACACUCAGUGAAACAAAGCCCUUGUCCUAUCCCUCUAUUUUCUUGGGACAGUGAAAAGAAUGACAAGGACUCUUGGAGUCAGCUUUUUACUGAGGAUUCUCAGGGCCAGCGAGUCAUUGCCCACAACUCUAGAGCUCCUUUCCAAGAUGUAACCAACAACCGGAAUCGGGGCUUAGGGCAGUUUUCUAGCAGCCGUUGGGCUCAGUGCCAGGAGACGCCCACUCAGUUAAAUCUGCAGCCUGAUUUGCUCUUUACCCAGGACUCAGAAGGGUCUCCCCUGAACACCUGUGUUCUAGCCGAGAUGUUAUCCACCAGGUGGCAGUUUCCCAUGUUGCAGGUAUGCUACCUUAAGAGGCUCAAACAGCCCCUAGGGGGCAAGUGUGCAAGCUGUAAGAUGGAACUACUUUAAGAGUUUGGGUAAAAUCCCUACAGAAGGGGACAAGAGGCUCCCUACAGAAGUGUUUUUUUUUGUUUUUAUAUAGGCAGGACUUUAUAAGAAAAGAGGGGAAGCCUCUUUACGAAACUUCACAUACCUUAAAAUUAACAGGAAUCCUAUACCCAUGGGGGAUGCAAGGGGUCACAACCCAGAGACAAAGGGCAGGUGCAGUAUCUCUCCAUAUCCUUCAUUUAAUGUCAGGUAGUGCUUCAACCCACACACACACAGGAUACAUACCGUAGAGAAAGGGACCCGAGGGCGUCUGAGUCAUGCAUGGUGUGGUAGGUACAAACCUUGGCCCAACGCAAAGGAGCAGUCAAGGGCCUGGAAGAAGGAUGGUACUCUUCUCUCCUCCCCAUUUCUCUUUCCUACUAGGCUUAAACUAAAGUCCACGGAAGAGAAAGCAUUUUCAAUCAGUGGAACCCGUGAGGGCCCAGGGCCUGGGAGGGUAGAUCUGGUUGUAGAGUAUUACAAAAUAUAUUUAAGAAAAAAGCAGCCCAGGCUUCCCAGCAGCAGCCCAAGUGUCAGCUGGUCCAGAGGUGUGACCCUCUAUAUCUAGGUGUUGGACUGGGAAGGAGGAGAGGGGGG